CUAGAUAGAAGCAUGAACUUCGUGGCGAAAACAGUUAUGCUCACUGCGCUCUUCGUGCUUUUCUUGAUGACCGAUGUUUCGAGUUAUAUAAAGGGACACAAGGGACACACAAUUAGACUCAAGAAUUCCAUGAAGUCUACUAUAGCAACCGAAAAUACCACAACGUGUACAUAUGAAGGUUGCAAGAGACUUUGCCAAGCACAGUUGGGCAACGAUUACGUGGACGUGACAGGCCACUGCGAGUAUGCGGCUUGCAAGUGCUUCUUCAAAGAACCGUGCAGGCCGGUGAAAUGCCAAAAGCGUUGCCAGGACGAAGCGAGGAAACGUCGUGCGCCAAACGCAAACGGAACGUGCCAGCGAACACAGUGCGUUUGUCUUAUUGAAGAUGAUUGUGAUCAGCAGGAGUGUAACGGAGCGUGCCAGAAAAAAUACCCAGGAAGGCCCAGCAGAGCCAAAGGACAGUGCAUAGAUGGGGAAUGUACGUGCCGGCGUGUACCAUAAAUCAAGGACGUGCUGGAACUUCUUCGGAUAGAUGCACGGUGCAAUAUUACGGCUGCCUUGGUGUUUCCAAUGCAACUGUACUGCUGAGCAAAAUGCAAAAAAUACAGUACAUUU